GAGGCGCUGACCACGCUGCGGCGCGUGUUCGGGCGGGCGUCGCUCCACGUGGCCACGGCGCAGGAGGACCUGGCGUACGCGCUGUACGUGCUGGAGUACUCCUCCGGCAGGUUCUACAAGGCGCGCGACCACGCAGAGCGCGCCAUCCAGAUCAUUGAGAACUUGGUGCCGUCCGACCAUCUGCUACUGGCCAGCGCGAAGAGGGUCAAAGCACUUAUCCUCGAAGAGAUCGCUCUGGACACUCCCGCUGGGCAGGACAUGAGCGAGCCGAGCCUGCUAGAGGAAUCUGAGGCGCUGCACAAAGCGGCCUUAGCGCUUUCGAUGAAAGCCUUCGGCGAGAAGAACGUGCAGACUGCCAAGCACUACGGGAAUCUCGGCCGGCUCUACCAAUCCAUGCAGAAGUUCCAGGAUGCAGAAACAAUGCACCUCAAAGCUAUAGCGAUCAAGGAGGAACUGCUGGGCCCAGACGACUACGAAGUGGGACUCAGCAUCGGCCACUUGGCCUCGCUUUACAACUACCAUAUGAGCAUGCAUCAGGCCGCUGAGAAGCUGUAUCUGCGCUCGAUCAGUAUUAGCCUGAAGCUUUUCGGCGAGCGGUACUCCGGGCUGGAGUACGACUACCGCGGGUUGGUACAUGUGUUCACACAGCUCAAGCGCCACGACACCGCCGAACACUACACUCGGCUGCUCCAGCACUGGCAUGAGCUUCGCGAGCAAUCGCGCGCGGAGCAACAGCCGUCAGUAGGAGACGAACAAGUGAUGCCUCUGCAUGAGCUGCAGAGCAAGUUCUUCGCCGACGAGUGAAAGGCCGCGACGCGGCACCUGGCGACACCCAGUCACCAUACUGCAUGUGUAAAUAACGGUCUAAAUAACACUACACUUCUAUAUUUUGUUGCCCUUUUUCGGAGGUCCGUUGCACUCGUUCCAACAGCUCUCUUGUGCAUCUACUUGCACUUGCUUCCACACGUUAGUGAAUGAUGAUGUCUACUAGAUACAAGUUGGAACAAGGGCAGCGUGGAUCUUUUUUCCAACAACUCGAUGACCUUCAAAUUGAAGACCUCUAGGGAAUCUGAACUUAAUUUGUAAUAUCAAAGACGCAAUUAUUAUUAACAGAUCUUUCCCUUUACGCCUUCUGUUGUUUUAUAGAGAGGUGGUAAGGCAACAUUAUAGAAAAAUGUCUUACUAAGGGAGACACCAUACUUACCGAUACGAAUUGGCUUAAGCCGGUUAGAAAAAGCUUCAUUCCAUGAAACGAAAUGAAAAUUUCCG